AUGGAAAUAUCGCGGUCGUCAACGCCCGAGGCGCCACCUCAAGACCUCUGGUCAUCCAUCCUCGACUCCGUCUCCUCGUCGCGUUCAAUACCCUCAAAGCAAAUUCUACUUCUCGGUCAACCAUCCUCGGGGAAGUCAACUAUCGCGUCUGCGCUCCUGCAGAAACCGGUAGCAGACGAGCAGAAGGAUGAUCAGCGGAUAGACUUUGCUCUCGGGUAUGACUUCGCCGACGUGAGGGAUGAGGCAGAUGAAGAUACCCUAGCACGGUUGUCAGUAUACACCGUUCCAUCAUCUGCGUCCUCAUAUACUGGUCUAGUACCCCAUUUCCUCCCCCCUCGGACCACGAUACUGUCAACAUUGGCUAUCAUCGUACUUGACUGGACGCGACCCUGGACCUUUGUGGAGGAGCUAGAAACCUGGCUUACUUGGAUAGAAACAUGGGCGAAGGAGGACGGCUCGCGAGAAUUAGAGAUCACACGCGAAGAAAGUCGCGAACGAUUACAAUCACAUUUGCAACACUACACGGAACCAUCUGUGGAGCCUCUGCCAGCAGCAAACUCAACCCUAUCAAGCACAUUGCUACCUCUCGGUCAAGGGUCCUUUACCCAUAAUUCUUCUGGCAUACCGAUCAUCGUCGCCUGUACAAAAGCUGACUUAAUCGACGAAGGAAAUGAUAUGGUUGCUGGAGCAUCUGGCAUGGGAGGCAUGGUGAAGGGCAAAGGAGGAGAAUGGGAAGAACGGACGGACGGUGUGAUGCAAGUAUUGCGGACUAUCUGUCUAAAAUACGGUGCUGCCCUGUUUUAUACAACCCCUCUUCCGGCGAACCUACAGAUCCUUCGCCAAUACGCCUUGCAUCUCCUCUUCAUGCCUCCAGCGCCGUCACCUGUUAUGGCUUCAUCAACAGAAGUCCAAGCACCUACUCGCAAUCUCUUUCCAUUCGUGCAAAAGCCCAAUACACUGGACCGUGACCGUAUCGUUGUACCGGCGGGUUGGGACAGUUGGGGAAAGAUCGCUGUGCUGAGAGAUGGAUUUGAUGCUAAAAUAUGGGGUGAGGCUUGGGAGCACGACCUGGACCCGGAUGAUGCGAGUGGGGAAGCUGGUGCAAAGAAAGCGUAUGCUAACCUCGUGCCAGAUCAAGGUUCUAAACCACCAGCAUUGCCGCCUUUCAACAAUCCUACGCCAGAGCAAGCAUUCCUCGCAAAGAACUACGACGAAAAUGCCAAAAAGUCGGACAGAGACCCUCGUGGCGCGUUCAGAAAUCCACAAGAUUACGCAGGUGCCUCAGCAGGUAUCGUUGGUCCUCUGGGAAGUAGCAGUUUCAAUCUACCAAACGUGGAACGUGCUAUGAGCGAAAUGGAGACCGGCGCUUCUGCCCCAACGAGCUUGGGCGUUCCAGGAGGUCGACUCGGUGCCAGACCAACGUCAACAUUAAAUCGGCCGGCUGGUCUAUCUGCCUUGGGUACUACCACAUCUCCAACCAGCCUCGCUGGAGCUCGCUCGCCCGCGUCACCGGGCGGUCCUGGUGCCUCUUCAAGUCCUGGGGCGGGAGGCCAAACGCAACACGAAGUAUUGCAGAACUUCUUCCAGAGCCUGCUGAGCACCAAGGACCGGACCGCUGCAGCCAAUCGCACUGCCCCUUCAAGACCAAAUGGUACAUCCAACGGAACGGAAGAAGGGAGCUAA